AUGGCACCCAAUCCGAGAACAGCCGCUCUGAAUGCAGCUCCGGGUUUGGCUGCCGCCCCAUCUUCGACCAUGCCACCGAAUCCGGAACCAGCCGAGGAAACAACUAGCCAACGCAUCCUGAAAAAUCUCUUCUACCUGCUGUCCUUUACUAUUCCCAACCACAGAUUGGACUUUACCAACCGCGAGAUUGAACGUGGCGAAUGGCUACGGCGGCUGAACGAAGUCCAAAAAGAGAUUCUGGAGGCCGAGAAAGCAUUUAUCGAGGUCGUGCCGGCACUUGCACAGAGCACAGUCUACUGUUGUACUCCCAUGACGUUCGAAAAGCAGGCGCAAAUGAUUAUCGAUGCUGCCAAAGAGAGCGGCGUUGUCUUCCAAAACCACAUCGCCUACAUCAACGACAUGCUCGUGGCGCAAGCCAUCAAAUACAUAAGCGACAGGAAUGGCUACUUUGAGGCCCACUCCUGCAGGCUUGGGGAACACUGCCGAAACAAACGAGCGUGCAAUGGCGGCCCCAAGUUUCCCUUUCUCCCCGAGGCACUUGUUACCGAGCCAGAGCAGACCCCCAGCACCGGGACUGUGCACACCGGCAUAGCAGGGCCUCAAACCGGAGCCGUGGCUUCACAAGCACGCCACACCCAAGCACCGCCACUUGAUAUCCAAACUCCCAGGUGGCAGCCGCCAAACUCCUCGCCAAGACAGCAUUGGGCACAUAUGCUUUACGUCGAGCAACUGGAGAAAAAGGGCAGUGGGUCCCUCAGCGUUGAAGUCGUCGACAGUACAGCCCUUGAGGAAUUUAUAGGCUGGCUGGAGUCUCAGCGCUCUCGCAACUCUACAAACGACCCCGUCUUCCCGCUGCGCACCAACAUUGACUACGAUGGCAAUGGCUCUGACGCGAUAAUUGUUCAAAGCGUGUCCUAG